GGGUGAGGAGGGCUUAGGUGCACAGCUUCAAGAGGGAAACAGGCAAGAGAUGUAGAGAGGUUACAGGUCAGAGUGAGAAGAUCUGACUGAAACCAGAACGCCACAAAGAAGACAGCAAACCCUUAUCAAGUUCAAAGAUAUUGGUGCAGGAUGUCAGACUCCCCUGCCUUCUCCCCCUGUGGUAGCCACUCUCAGACAUCAGCCCCCCAGGCCAGCCUGUCCUGCUGUGAUCCAUGUGGGACGUCCUGCCAGCAGAUGGCAGAGGCACCGCAGGAGGGCAGCACCUUCAGCUUGAGGUCUGCAGCUGUGAAUAGGAGGCACAGUGCUGAUGGGACCCUGUCCCCCGGGUCUGGAUCAGGACCAGUGGACCGUUUCCACCCGUACCGACGACAGUUCAGCGAAGGAACAGCAACUGUGCCCAGUUGUCACCCUCACUGUUUGUCUGCAUUCAGCUGCUUGCAGGAAGUGUGCAGUCCUGGAAAUGACUCUUUAACACACAGCUCAAGCAGUGAAGCAACAGCCUCCUGGGACCAAUACAACAGCAGCAUCCAGUGUUUUUACCCAGAACUACCAGCGGGGUCAGUGGAGCCUUCCUGCUUCCUCUCUCAAACCUGUCCGUCCUACAGCUCAUCCAACGCUCUCUCACAGGUUCCAGCUAGACUGUACACCACGAACAACCAGUCCAACACCUCCAAAUAUUCUCUCCAAAGUCUCUCCAGUUCAACCAAUGAGGAGAACACCACACAGCUGCCUUUCCCCAAACCCAUUUACUCAUACAGCAUCCUGAUCUUCAUGGCCCUGAGGAACAGUAAAACAGGAAGCCUGCCAGUCAACGAGAUCUACAGCUUCAUGACUGAACACUUCCCUUACUUCAAGACAGCACCUGAUGGAUGGAAAAACUCAGUGCGGCACAACCUCUCCCUCAACAAGUGCUUUGAGAAGGUGGAGAACAAAAAUGGGAACUCAUCCCGUAAAGGUUGUCUGUGGGCCCUCAAUCCGGCCAAGGUGGAGAAGAUGCAAGAGGAACUGCACAAGUGGCGCCGCAAAGACCCUGUCACUGUUCGUAGGAGCAUGGCAAAGCCACAAGACUUAGACCAUCUCCUGGGAGAGAAACCGGACAAGGUCAGGGCUGUGCCACCCUGUAACCCCACGCUUUUAUCCAGAAUCGCCCCAUUAUAUGAGACCACCUCUUCAUCCUGCGUGCCAGCCCAGCGUCGGCCUCCCUGCCCUCCUUUACGUCGGCCACAAUAUUCACACAUCCCCCCGUCCUCUCAGCAGCCCCAUUACUUUCGCCCCACCACUGCUCCGCCCAACGACACCUUUGUCCUGUAUUCACCCUGUGGACAGCAGCCUUCAGCUGGUGUCCCAUCAGCCACUGGGAGCCUGGACUCACACCUGAAUGGGAAGAUGCCUCCCACGUACAGCGUGGCCCUGCACACUGAAUAUAGCGGCCACCACAGGAGCAUGCAGGAGUUACUGUUGGACGGAGACACCACUUAUGACAUCGACACUCUCAACCCCAGUCUGACUGAUCUGCAGCUGCACGGCAACUUGUGGGAGGAAUUAAAGGAGGACAGUUUGGUGUCAGACCCUCGAAUUGUCACCACUACAAACCCCUCCACCACAUCUGCUCUUCAGGACUCCCAUGUCCAGAUCAGCUGUCUGCAAACCAUGCCCCCCGUCACCCACAGCUCAGAGGAGACGGCGGUCAGUCGACAUAAAUCUCAUUAUGAGGAGAAGGACACGGGAUGGAGUUUAGACCAGAGUGACUGUUUCAAUGGACUGCACCCAGUGGUUUAUUCUGGGAUGGACAGUUUGGCUGGAUAUCUGACCUCCUGUGCCACAUCCAUCUCUUUAAUGUAAAGAUCUGUCUCUGUUUCAUUUUUAUUGCUCCUUGACUUUUAGAGUACUUGCAACCUGAACAGAGAAAAUGUGACAAGCAGCUCUAUGCAACAGUAUUAUCCUGGUGGAUAUUUCACUCCUAAAGCUCUAUUUAUCACUGUGCGCCAGAAUAAAGAGUAAAUAUAUCUGG